ACCGCGUCCUAAUAUUAUUCAUAUUCCGCUCUCCUUAAACGUGACCCAAGCUGUAAGACUCUAAGCUGCUCCCACACGCCCAUGUCUUAAUGAAUUUUCUCUAAUUUUAAGUUUUGGGAAGAUUUUGGACCAGAUUUCAGUUAAGGAAUGGACUUCAAUUCCAAAUUUGACAUUGCUCGCACUGCCGAAUUCAUUAAAAAUCGAGGUUUCCAUAGAGUUGCACUACAGUUUCCUGAUGAGCUUUUAAAAGACUCAAGGAGGAUUGUGGCUGCUUUGAGGGAGGAACUCCAGUCCUUAUCUCUCUGCCCACCUGAAAAUUUACAUGAGGCAAACCUGGCACAAGCCUUUGUUCAACUAUAUGUCAUGGCCGAUACCACCUAUGGUAAUUGUUGUGUGGAUGAGGUUGGAGCUUCUCAUGUCAACGCAGAGUGUGUAGUGCAUUAUGGACCCACUUGCUUAAGCCCCACCUCAAAGUUGCCUGCAUGGUUUGUCUUUGGCAAAGCCUCGAUCAAUGUCAAAGGUUGUGCAGAUUCUUUAUUUGAUUGCUUGUCCUCUAGUGACAAGCCCAUUCUGGUUAUCUUUGGUUUGGAAUAUGAACAUGCUAUUGGUAGUGUUAAAGAAGAAAUGAGCUUGAAAUCAUCAGCAUUAAGUGGGUGCAGGUCAAAGAUCCUUUAUGCAGAAGCCAAAUGUUCAGUUAUGCAUCCAGAAAAGAAUAGUAGUACAAAUAGUUCUUCUGGGCAGCCUGAAUUUGUGGAUUGUCAUGACCCUUGUGAUUCAUUUGAAGGGUGUGGCAGCUAUAGCCUUGGAGGUUUGAGAUGGACUUUACCUCAUGGGGGCAAGAUGGAAGACUACUUGUUGUUCUGGAUUGGUCCCGAUAAUCCAGCUUUUGGAAAUAUCGUACUUACAUACAAUGCUUGUGAAAUAGUUAGGUAUGACCCCAUGGAAGAUUGCUUGGUGAAAGACAAGUGUCAUCAGAAAAGCAUUCUCAAGCGUAGAUACUUCCUUGUGGAGAAAGCAAAAGAUGCAAAUAUUGUCGGGAUCUUGGUGGGUACACUUGGUGUUGCUGGUUAUCUGCAUAUGAUUUAUCACCUGAAAAAACUGAUUGAGGGAGCGGGAAAGAAGUCCUAUACAUUUGCUAUGGGAAGACCUAACCCUGCAAAACUUGCAAACUUUGCUGAGGUAGCCUCUCUCUCUCUCUCUCUCACACACACACACAGGCUUUGGAAUGCGUACGUCACUCGUGAGGGUACACUUGGACACCCUGAGUAA